GUGCAUUGAACACCUGUAAGAUGUGCACGGAAACAACAGUUGGGUGUAAAUCACGAGGUGCCACUAAGCCAAUGCAUAUACUCUAAAAUCUCACCAUAAUGACUAAUUGGACAAACGUGUCCAGCUGCCUGUUCAGCAUCACUAUGUGCACUGAGGACAUAAUGGAUAGUAAUGCAACUACUGAAGACUUUGAGUACCCGGUCCAUCUCUUCCCAGUGCCUAUCCUGACUGGCAUCACAGUGACGUGCUCUUUCCUGUUCCUCGUCGGAAUCGCUGGGAACCUGUUGACCUUCCUGGUGGUCACUAAAUACAAAGACAUGCGAACCACCACCAACCUUUACCUCUGCAGCAUGGCACUUUCAGACCUGCUGAUUUUCCUCUGCAUGCCCCUCGACCUGUACCGGGUCUGGCGGUACCGACCGUGGAACUUCGGCGACGAGCUGUGCAAACUCUUUCAGUUCGUGAGCGAAAGCUGUACGUACUCCACCAUCCUCAACAUCACCGCUCUCAGCGUGGAGAGAUACUUCGCUAUCUGUUUUCCCUUCAGGGCAAAAGUCAUCGUUACGCGGGGUCGGGUAAAAGGGGUGAUUUUACUCCUCUGGACUGUGGCUCUGUGUAGCGCGGGACCCAUAUUCAUUCUGGUUGGGGUCGAGCACGAGAACGGCACAAACCCCUGGGAGACCAAUGAGUGUAAAGCCACCGAAUAUGCCAUCCGCUCCGGACUUCUUACUAUGAUGGUGUGGGUCUCCAGCGUGUUUUUCUUCCUCCCGGUGCUCUGUUUGACAGUGUUAUACAGCCUUAUUGGCAGAAGACUGUGGAGAAGAAAGGAGAAUCCUGUCGGACCCAUUUCGAGUCGUGAAAAGAACAAUAAACAAACGGUCAAAAUGCUGGCUGUGGUGGUUCUAGCGUUUGUUCUCUGCUGGCUGCCGUUCCACGUCGGUCGUUAUCUCUUCUCCAAGUCAUCCGAGGCCAAUUCUCCUCUCAUCUCCCAAAUCAGCGAAUACUGCAACCUGGUCUCAUUCGUGCUGUUUUACCUCAGCGCCGCGAUCAACCCCAUCCUCUACAACAUCAUGUCAAAGAAGUACAGAAGCGCGGCUUGCAAACUGUUCGGAGUGAAUCGCGCUCCCGGACGAUCAGUGCAGAGCAUCGUGAACGCGGAGAGUGUUUUGGUUUGGAAUGAAUACAGCUGGAGCACGUGACACAGGAAAGGCCUCGUUUAAUAAAUGUGCACUUUUUAACAGACUUAAUAGACGAAAUGGAAACGAGUCAACAUUAACCUCAUAAUUUUGAUAUUUAAUUUCAACCAUCAUAAGAUUUCAUAGAAGUCUUUGCA